AAUAAUUGAAGAUAAAAACAACGAUAAUAAUAAAACAUCAGAUAAAACAUGUUAAUGAAUAAAAACGGUGUGCUAGCAUUAAUAAAAACAAUCCAGUUAAAAGUAUCAGAUCUUCAGGAUGGAGAAAGUUCAAACUUCAAGUAAGCAGUAAGCAGUGUUUUUCUAUCUACUCUGGUUCAAAGCCAGUUACACAUGUGAGCAUCCAAUUAUAACUGAUGGGUGUGGUCAAAAUAAUGCUCUACUGCUCCUGUAACCACACCCACCGGUGAUGUCACUGCACACGACACAGCUGGUUUAUAACUCAAAUUAACUCAUUGCAAUGAUACCCUAACACAAUACAAAAUGUUCUAUGUGUGCAUGACUAGACUAGUAACCAGCAAACAAUCACAAAAUGCAUUGGCAUUCAAACAAAACUGUCAUGAAUAAGCAUGCGCUGUUCAAACACAACAUUUUGGACAUAAAUAAACCGUGGUGCUAGCAGUGGAUCUUGCGCAGCAUUAACAAUCCCACUCAACAGUUUAUUUUGUUUGUAGUUUGCUGUGUGGAGUCAGGUGGGGCCUGCAGAAAAUUAAGUGAAGAAGAAGGAGGAGGGGGCAGCGAAGGAGCGGGCUGCCAGCCGAGGUAUGUGGGAUGGAGUGAGGGGAAUAGAGGUCGCCCAUGAUUACUCGAUAACUACUCCAUCAACUAGAUUCAUGUCUUACGUCACCCAGCAGGCUGUGUGAGGUCAGAGGCUUUGUGUUUCAGUAUUAAAGAGAGAAAGAAACAUAUAUAUAGUGAUGUGGAAGAUAACUUUUUUUUAUCAAUUACUUAGCGUUGUCAGAGCGGAAUCCAAAUCUAAAGAUAAGAGUGAGGUAUGAUAAAGAAUUAAAGUAAAUGGAGGAAGAGUAAGAGGGAUAUAAAUGGAAAAGAAAGAAAAAAUAAAUAUUAGGAGGAGAGCGAUAGAGUGAUAGUCUCAGCAUUCCAUGCCAAAAAAGCACUCUGCUCCAUAAAUACGGGUAAAACACUCACAACAUCAAUAAAAAGAGUUAUCAACAUCCAAGCACGGCUAUGGGAGGGGCUGUUUAGUCUGAUGCUAUAGGUUAAAGAACUGAUGGAGCAUUAUAGGAAACAGAACCAAACUCACACAAGACUUAACAUCAAGUCUGUUCAUUUAACCUCUUCAACAGCAUGAACCCUUCCGUGACUCAAUCAUUACAAAAUGUAUGUCAUGCGCAGAGCUUUGAAACCUACAUUACUUCAUUUUAAAUUCUGGUCAAUAUCUUAUUCUUUGUAAAGAUAUCAAAUAUGUUAUAGUGAAUUCAAUGGAAAUAUGAAUUGCAUAAUAAUGCACAUGACAUCCAUGAUUUGUUUUAAGCUAAAUGCUAACAUGAGCAUGCUAACAUGCUCAUGUUUAGCAGAUAAUGCUUACCAUUUUGACCAUCUUAGCUUAGUGUGUUAGCAUUGUAACCGCUCAAAGUACAGCUGAGGCUGAUGGGAUUGUCAGUAGAAGGCAUUUGGUCCCUGGGUCACACUAUUGGACAAAUUCUGGACGUCAGGGGAUCAACAAACGUAUCACAAUUCAUCCUGAGGGGGGCAUACUGUAGCUUCACAAAAUUUUAGGGUAAUCCAUGUAAUAGCUGUUUAGACAUUUCACUCAAAACGGCAAAAGUAAACUUCAUCUUCAACAUCAGGAGGAUUCAUCCUCUGGGGACCAUGAAUGUCUGUUGACAUUGAAUGUUUAAUGACACUUCAUCCAGUUCCUUCACAUAUUUCAGUCUGGACCAAAGUCGUGGACAAACCGAGGCUCAACAUUGUCAUCUCCGGAGGCCCGUCUAAAUUAAUUGCAGUGUGAAUAAAGGGAAACAGGGGCUCAAAGGGUAGUGGCACUCCACGUCAGAAGGGGUAGUUUUUCAGAUCUCAGAGUUAAACAAUCCUAACCCUAACCCUAACCCUAACCGUCUAUAUAUGAUGCAAUGAAAAUAUGUGUUCUCUAACAAAACGUAUUAGGUCACGUGAUUUUAGUAUGUUUUAGUGUCAUUUUAAGAGUUUUAAGCAUAUUUUGAAGGAUAAUAACAUGAAUCACACUUUUCGUUUGGCCAGGAUGUUGACAUCGUCCCAUGCCUGAACAAACACCAGUCUAGAUUCUUCUCAAAAUAAAUGAUGGAGGACACAGGAUAGAUUUAAUUUAACAUUACUCCCUAGAGCUGUGUACUAAACCAGCAGGUUUAUGUGACUACAGCUGUCAGAUGUGGCUGUAACACAGGAUCCUGCAAAGAAUGACAGCUGGGAAUCAAACCAUAUCAAACCAGGAAGGACUGACCAGAUUUCUUGAGAAAUUGCUGUCCUAUAGAUAGAUACACACUGGCCAUCUGGGUGGUAUAUUUCUGCUAGCAUUAUGACGUUAGUACAAUGUUAUAGCCUUUUGACAUGGAUAACAGCAUGGCAAGGCAAACAAGAAAACAAAGAAAGUGUUUGCAUUUGGUUAAGCACCCAUCUGUUGCUCUUGUUCCCUUCGCUGUCUCCUUCCUUCUUUUCAUCACUUUCACACGCCACACUCCAGCAGGAAUGGUUAGUUUUUGCAUUUAUUUUUGACACAUAACUUCAGUCUUCAUUUACAAUAUUGUAUAUUACUAAAGUUACUUCUUUUCUUAACUGCUCCUUUUCCUUUCUCUCCACCUGUUCUUCCUCCCCUUCCUCUUUCCAUCACCCUGUCUCCAUCCUCUUUCCGUCAUCCUCUCCUCUUCUCAAGUGGUAUUUAUAGAGUGGCUCCGGAUGCAUUGGCUUCUCUCCUCCGCUGGUCUCUGGCCCACGCUUGUUUCCGUCUUGGCUCUCUUUGUUCAUCCUUUGCUUUUCCACUUGUUCUCCUCCCAUCACCUCCUCCUUCCCUGCAGACAGCUGUUUGUCUAUACAUCUCUUUCUGAGAUUGGAAGACUUCUGGGAUUGUGUAUAAAUCGCUCCUCACCUGUUCUUCCUGUUUCCUUUUUUCACCGCAGGGUAUCUUCUCCCUGUUUGUGUCUGCUUCCUUUCAUUUACCCCUUCUCAUCACUCCUGACUUCUCCUUUCCUUGCCUCCUCACAGCGUGUGCCAACAUGUCUGUCAUCUUCACGGUCUCUUGAGCUCCAUCAGAAGCAGAGACUUAUUUUUCUCUAUCCAGCAUGCUUGUUUGGUAAAAAGCCAUUGUGGGGCGGCGCAAAGCAUUGGAGAUAAUGGGUUUAAUAAUGGGCCUGAAAGGUCUUUAACUUUGUGUGGCUCCUCCGACUGAGGAAGAGUCUUCUGCAAAGCGUCACCAAGAAUCAGCUGAUGAGACAGAAAUAGUACUGCCCUACACACAUACACAAACACACACAGCUUUCCCUUCUUCCUUCCCCAUCCUUGGGCAAUGUAUUCAUAGCGGUGCUAAUUAACAACGCCACACCAGCGACUGGUGAAGAGACUGGAGACCCAAGAGGGAGAGAUAAAGAGAACAAGAGAGAGAAAGGGAGAGAGGGGAAGGGAGACCUUGGACAUGCUGAGUUGAAUGUGCGAGGCCCGAGGCAAAGGCAAACCCAUACAUUUGUUUAUGUGGGUUUUCUGUCUGUGUCAUUGUUUAUAUUUGCAUAUGUGUGAGUGUAUGUAAUUGUGUGCUUAUUUGCAUACUUGGUUUUGACAAGGCCAAAGCAGGGCUAACCCACAUCUGGCUCUUUGGCUGUCCCUGCUGGCCUAUGGUGUUGACUUGGAGAGAGGAGACAGCUACAGUUCAGCCGGUUCACACCACUUGGAUCCCCCUGGUCAAUGUCUACCACGGCCACCUGCUAUAGGUGUUAGAUAGUAACUAAUUAAUGUAGUGCCAAUAUGUUACUUUUUUAAGUAAUGUAGCCAAAUGUACCCUACUAUAACACACACGUUAGCUUAGCACUGGAGCUGUGGGGCGGUCAGCAUAUGCCUAACCUCUGCCGAAAAAAAGACACAUUCCUGUAACUCUAAAGUUGUUGUAUUCAAAUGCAGUGUCUUCUGUACAACCUGUACAUUCAGAGUUUUGUGAGGAGUUGGGUGUAUGUUUGAGCAUCUGCUCAGUUAGCUAGGUUAUUAGUUAGCUUAGGGGUUAGCUUAGGUUAGAGGUUGAUAAAUGGCUUGAUAAAAAUGGAAAGCUAUUUGGUCGUCAUUGGCGGUUGCUAACAAGUGGCUAAAUGAGACUACUACAAGUCCGCCUUUUGCUUAGUGCUGGUGACGUGAAGUAUGCGACCAUGGUGUAGUUCAUUUAUAGCCUAACGUUAGCUUUUUACAUGUGUCGAUUGGAUUUACACUUCAAGAAUCAUAAAAGUGGUGUUCAUUUGUGAAGAUUAUCUUGCUGAACAAAACGUGGAUCAUAAAUGUUUGUUUGCCAGAGAGAUUAUUUUCUGCAAUAAUCCAAAAGGCAAUGGAAAAGGUUCUGUGGAUGUGAUGCAUGUUCAUUAUGGAAAAAUAACUCUUGAUGCGGCUAUUUGUGAAAAUUACAACUUUUAGGACUUAAUAAUUUAAAUAAGCUCUAUUUUAGUGUUUGUUCUGGGAAGUUGAUUUACCGAAAAAAAUGUUCCUCUAAUUUACAGAUGUUUAUCAGCACAUCCAUGGCAGUAGACUUAUUCGCGUUUUCAGUCCAAAAUGGUUGCACCGCAGCGCCAUCAAGCAGCGAUUGUCAAAAAGCUUCUGUAACCUACUCUUAGAUUUAGAGUCGUUUAACAGUACCAAUGACAGGGAAGGUAAUGUGUUUGACAUGUAGCGUUAAUUCUAGUUGUGUAUCAAGUUACUGCUAGCGCUUUUCACAGCAAUGUUUAGCCAUUUUGACCUGUCAAAGCCUUAUAGUGGGUGAUGCACAGGUGUGAUUAAAGCUGCAUUAUUUGAUGAUUCUGGGUCACCUGGGGAAAGCGGUAGGCUACAAUUUCGUACCAUGACACAUGGACAGACAUUAGCAUUCAUUGGUGUUUUGUUUCUGUCCGCCUAGUUGAUUUCAAUCAAAUAUUUGCUCCAGCUCUGUUUUGGUCUCCACAAACUCCUGAAAAAUAUUUGGCCCUUAAGCUGCUAACAGAAUUAUUUCCUGAUCCGGGCAGUUUUUGGCUAACAUCCCAAUAAAAAUCCACUUAAAAUAUUGGUAAACACGGAUAGCAUGUCCUUACUUGAGAGGACAUCUUUCCCUGUGUCUUCACAGAGUGAUUAAAUUGGGUGAUGCAUCCCCUGCUGAGUCAUGGUUAAGUUUAACAUAACUCAAGAUAUGUAUUUAGGUAGAAAUCAUGAUGGAUGUGGGAACUGUGUGGCGACUCAGAGGACAUGAGUCUGGACUGCCACAUUGUCUAUUGAUAGGGUGCAUAUUUUAGAUUUUGGAUGGUGUAUGUGUGUGUAUGUGUGACAGUAUUUGCACAUGUUCUGUGAAAAUACUGUAUAUUUUGUAUACAUUUUUCAUUCAGUAGAUGCUUUCCAGAUGAGUGUGUCAGUCAUGGGCUGCCGCUUUCUCUUUGCACUGUUUGUGAGAGCAUGUUACCUUCACAUGUUCUGUGCUGUUGGCAUCGGUGAUGAUGCACCAGGUGAGCAACACAUACAUUAAAACAGGUUUAAAGCCACAAUAGGUUUCCACAUUAGUAGUUAAGAGUGGUGGGAAGAGUUAUGCAGAAAUCAUGCAAGUAUUUUUAAAGGUAUAGGAGAAGAUUAUCUAAUGUUGUCUGGUCCGGAUUUCACUGAAUGGCUUUAACUUGCUAACAUUUGAGAAUUUAUUUUGAGUUUUGUUGCAGAUGGGCAGGAAAUUGUCCAGACCUGACAUCAGAAUUCCACCCGGCUAUAUCUAGAGAUUCUCAGUCAAAGAGGACGAGACCCUGCUCACAGCUGCAAAGCUCCUUUUCUGAUUCAGGCGCAGAACACAGAUUUGUUUCUACAUUGAAAAAGUCACCUUGAGCAGCUUUAACAGUGUAUGUCUGCUAAAUGUGUGGAAGUGGUAAAAAUACUGCACGAAACCUUGGCUCUAAGAAAAGAACAGCUGGUGCACUGACACCCACUGACUCCCAGUGCUUGACGCCACCACGUUACCAUGACAACCGGCUGUGCACCCUCUGUUUCUGACAGCUGUUCCCAUGGUGCCUGGGCUUGGCUCAGCCGCUGGACUCCCAUCGGCGGGAUAGAUUGCUUCUCAGGGUCAGAGGUCAUGUUUAUGACGUUACUGCUGUGCGGUGUCAUGUUGUUUUUCCCUUUUGAAUUACGUACGGAUCAGUUUAGCUUAGGUUCGUGUCAACUCCAAUGUCCAUAUAUCAUUAUUUCUGACUGUUAUCUUAAGCAAAGCCGACUUGAAACAUUUUGAGUGAAAACGUGCACAUACAAUUACAAUUCUGUUGAGUAUAUUUGCAUGUGCAGACCCUUUUAUCUUUUUUUGUCUGGGCAGCUACAGUUAUAAAAGAUAAAAUCCAGUAUUAUCUGUUCAAAGCCUUCAAGCACAGCCUGAACUGCUGAUGGAUAAAGAGACCAGAAUGUGUGUAAUGGUAUAAAACAAUGCUCUCAUGGUAUAGUGAUGAUCUUCAUUGCAUUAACUUAUUUGAAUGAACUUCUGCAUUAUAGAUGGCUCAGAUGCUUUGAUGUUGAGCCCUACGGUUAUUACAGCGAUUCCCCUUCGGGCAUUACAAAACUUCAGCAUUUGAACUUAAACAUUACAAACCAAAUAUUUGAGAAAAAUGCAUAGAAGACAUGAUAAUAUUCAAAAUAUCAGCCUCAAGGUUGUGGCUGUUUGUGACGGAGGAUAUUUCCAUUUCUAACCUUGACAUCAAUGUGUAUUUUUCGAGAAAAUAUUCCUUACGAUUACAUUUUCUUUCACAUUGUAUUCAACAUUCCACGUCACAAAAUAGCUGUCCCUGUUCCAGCCUUUCCAUGUGUCAGCUGAUUGGCCAAAUGUGUCCCAGUUGGCCAGUCACCUCCCUGUUCCAGCUCUGUAUGGUGGCAGUCUGCUGUUUCUGCUCCAGCACUAUUCAGAGCUAGCUAGAAAGGCACGAGUAGAAGAGGAAUGUACAAUUUUUUGUCAUCUCAUUUGUUAGACUUUUUUCUUGAGACUGUAACCUUUGCGGGACUAACAUAACGUUUUGUUUGGACUGCUUGUUUUUCAAAGACAGACCUUUUUUUCCAACUCAAACGUAUUCUGGAAAGGCACAGCAUCGUUCCUGGACUUUGGAUAGGUCAUGGUGGAGGACUGUUGUCUCUUUGAACUUUCCUACCACCAGAAGUUACUGACCACGGAUCAGGUGUUAUGUUUUCUACCUGUUUCCUACCCAGCAGCUUAGCAUUACAGACAGGAAGACAUGUCUGCUCUCAAUAGAUCCAGGUGAUCUAGUUUGACUAGUAAUGAGAAUUUAGUAAACUGAAUGUCUUUGGUUUUUUUUGGACUGAUGGUCACAAAAAAAGGAAUUUGAAUGUUGGUUUAGGUCUAGAUCUUGGAACGUGUGAUUUUUUUAAAAAUUAUGUUUUUCUUAGAUUUUCUCAUGCUGAACCACUAAUCAGCAUACAGGAGGUGUUCAGUGUCCUGCUUACCAGUGGGCUUUCCACUUAUUCAACUUUCUUUUUUGGGUAUUUUUUGUUUCAAUUUCUAAUUUUUAGCUCAACAAAAGUGUGAUUGCCAGUGCGCUGCAUUGUCUUGAUGAAUUUCUUUUCGACAAACAACUCGCAGACACGACUGUAAAGUCUGUGUGCGGCCAGAGGCUUAACUAAAGUUUGUCUGCUUCCACAAAUAUGCAAAUUGGCUGCCAAGCUGUGAAUGAAGCCAUCUCCUUCCUCUCUAUGUCUCUCACUCAGCGAGGCAAUUAAAGUGCCUGUCUGGGUCGCCUAUAUAAGAGCCAUGGUAUGGUAAUGCAAUAUUCCUUUGACAGUUCUGUUGAGACAAACAUUGUGGGUGUUUUCACAUGGCCUGAUUUGCAAUUCACACUCGGGUUAUUUCCAUCAUAGGCAUCCUGGGAAGCAAGGAGGGGAAAGGCUGUGAGCCACAGAGAGCAAAACUGAGCUUCAUUUAAUUGCGUGUAUGAUUUCUUUUUUUUUUGAAAGGCACCUUUCAAGUGGCACUCUAAUUGCCAGUUAUUUUGCUGAAAUGUUCUCAAACAUGUCCAGGCAUAACAUCACUUUUGUUUCUGUUAGAUUUGUUUAUUUAAAAAAUGAUUAAAUUAUUCAGAAAUUCCGCCACGUCCUUCUGUGUUUUUGUUUUUAUGAAUGUAAGGAUAUUUAAACAGGAAGGUCUGUCUGAACAGCACUGGGGGGUUGGGUUUAUCAAGUAUGAAACGUUUGUGAAUACAUGAUGUUCCACUAAUGGGCAAUCUUCCACUUUUCCCCCCCCUCAGAACACUGCACCAGCAGUUUGAGAGCUACAAACAGGAAGUGCGUCGCAUUGGGGCAGACACGCGGCAUCAGCAGACCCAGCUGAAAGAUGACGCGCCCACCUGCGGUAUCUGUCGCAAGACCAAGUUUGCCGACGGCUGCGGCCACCUCUGCUCCUACUGCCAGACCAAAUUCUGCGCUCGCUGUGGAGGGCGGGUCUCUCUGCGCUCCAACAACGAGGACAAAGUGUGUCUCAUAGUGAAGGACAGGGUAAUGUGGGUAUGCAACCUGUGCCGUAAACAGCAAGAGAUUCUCACCAAAUCAGGAGAAUGGUUUUCGGGGUCAGGGGUGCGGCCUGGGAGCCUGAGCACCUCCUUAAACAACCCAGCCACUGGAGGUGAGGCCCAGCGGGACAGGAAGCUAAUCCGCUCCAGGUCCCAAGCCCCGCCCUCCAGCACCGACACCAACGCAGGGCCCGAAGGGACACAGCCAGCCGCUGGUGUCACUGCUGCCAAGGGUGCUGACACCAUGCCCGGCUCCCGCUCCCAAAGUGAACCACCUAGAGAAAAGAAAAGGCCAGUUUCCCUCCAUGAACAAAAUGGUAAGGGAGGCAUGGGGCGUGGUAGUGGCCGAAGACCUGCUGGGAAGUUGCCAUCUCAGUCAUCCCUGGAUGAGCGAGUGGUUCCUGGGGACAGAGGAGAGAGACGUUUGGGAGAUGGACGGAGGCUGGAAAAGAUCCAUUCUCAGGACUACGAGGACAGGGAGGGGAAUUUGGGUCGUUCAGAAACACACCGGAGACGCCCAGAGGAUGAAGAGCAGAGGGAGCGGCAGCGCCGUGAGGAGGAGUUCCAGAACCGUUACCGUAGUGAUCCCAACCUGGCACGAUACCCGGUGAAACCACAGAAGGAGGAGCAGGAGAUGCGCAUGCAUGCUAAGGUGUCCAAGGUCCGCCACGAACGACGACACAGUGACCUUGCGAUCAACGAGAUCGGACUGGGGCCUGGUGAAGGAGGAGGUGGUGGAAGUGGAGGAGGGGAGGUGCCUGAAAACCGUCUGGCCAGGAGGGGUGGAGGUGGGGAGGGAGACCACAAGGCCGUCUUGGAGAACCACCGAGCCUUCUCUGUGGAUAGGACCGUGGGGGUUGGAGGGGGAGCUCAACCUGCAGGAGGUGGAGUGAGAUCAGGACCUCAACCUGGGGGACCGGUGCCUCCAGAUUGGGGACCGAACAAAGGCCGCCUGGAGCCCGGCACAACACGGACACUAAGGGACAAGGGUGGGGAUAGCCUGCUGAGGAAGGACUCUCAGAGCUCGGACCAGUCGGAGUCUUUGCGGCCGCCCCCUCCACGGUCAUACAAGAGCAAGCGCGGAGUCAACAAGAGGCAGAUGUCCAUCAGCAGCUCAGAGGAGGAAGGCGGCUCCACGCCCGAGUACACCAGCUGUGAGGACGUGGACAUGGAAAGCGUCAGCGAGAAAGGUGACUGGGACUGCCAUUCUUUAGAUCCUACAGUGUGGCAUCAUCCAGUUACAUGGCAGCCGUCCAAAGAGGGUGACCACCUAAUCGGACGCAUCACACUAAGUAAGAGGUCUGCAAUGCCCCGCGAGGCUGGCUCCCUCCUCGGCCUAAAAGUGGUAGGAGGGAAGAUGACAGAGACAGGGAGACUCGGGGCCUUCAUCACCAAAGUCAAGAAAGGCAGCCUCGCAGAUGUUGUGGGACACCUACGAGCAGGUGACGAGGUGCUGCAGUGGAAUGGAAAGUCGUUACCGGGAGCAACUAAGAAAGAAGUGUACAACAUUAUCCUUGAAUCCAAGGCCGAACCUCAAGUGGAAAUAGUUGUUUCAAGACCUAUUGGAGACAUCCCAAGAAUCCCAGAGUCAUCUCACCCUCCUCUAGAAUCUACCGGCUCCAGUUCCUUUGAGUCCCAAAAGAUGGACCGACCCUCUAUAUCAGUGAUGUCUCCUACCAGCCCAGGGACCCUUCGAGACCUUCCUCUGGUAUUGCCUGGACAGCUCUCUGUGAAGCUGUGGUACGACAAAGUGGGCCAUCAGUUGAUCGUCAACGUCCUUCAAGCCAUAGACCUGCCACCCCGAUUAGACGGACGACCUCGUAACCCCUAUGUCAAGAUGUACUUCCUGCCUGAUAGGAGUGAUAAGAGUAAACGACGGACGAAAACAGUGAAGAAGAACGCUGAACCCAAGUGGAACCAGACCUUCCUAUAUUCCCACGUCCACCGGCGGGACUUCAGAGAACGCAUGCUAGAGAUCACAGUCUGGGACCAGCCCAGAGUCCAGGAGGAGGAGAGUGAAUUCCUGGGAGAGAUCCUGAUAGAGUUGGAGACGGCCCUGCUGGAUGACAUUCCUCAUUGGUAUAAACUCCAAACGCAUGACAUGUCCUCUAUACCUCUGCCCCAGCCCUCCCCGUACCUCCCACGCAGACACGUCCAUGGAGACAGCCCCAGCAAGAAACUACAGAGGUCUCAUCGCAUCAUUGAUACAGAGUUUGAUGAUGGUUUGAUGGUAGUGACUAAAGGUGCAGAGCGUAACUCCAGGGAGAGAGAGCGGGGCAGUACGUUGGCUGUGCCUGAGCAGCAGCGGCCCGUCCAGCACCGAUCCCGUUCAGUGUCUCCCCACAGAGAGGACUCCUGCAGGGCUCGGUCACGGCCUGCACACGUGCCCAUGCAAAGGAGCCUGGAUGAGAUCCACCAGAACAGCCACCAUUCCCACUCCACCUCCCGCUACCACGACUCCCACUUAGAGCACCAACGCUCGGGUGACUCGGACUACGAGUACUCUGAGGACAGUGAGGUCCUGGAGAUGCACAGGUCUAUCCGUGGCGGGAGUGCCGAGUGCCUGCAUACGAACAGGGGCAUAGGUAGAUACAGCAACACACUACCCCCCAAAAUGCCCCUGUUAGUAAAUGGUAUCCAUAAAGACAUUUACAGCUCCACCCUCCCCGCAUGCCAAAAGAGAAAGCCGCCCCUCAGGCAGGAAGGGGGCAGCACCAUGCCUCGUAGCAUCCUUACUCACCGUGUGCUUAGGUUCACUGAUGAGGUCACGGUUAGCGACCUGCAGCCGCCGUUGGACAGAGUGAGGAGUGCCAGCACCACUUGUCUGAGACCAGACACCAACUUUCACUCCCCUGACAGAGACAGGUGCUCCAACUCUUUGCCCCGCAAGACUCCCCCAAGCCCCAGGAUCUUAGUAGAACAUGUGGCCCCUGAGGAAGACAGGCAGUGUAGCAAUUCAUCAAGUCCAAACUGUCACAGGGGCAGCAAAAGAAGCCUGGAAGGGGACAGCCGUAUCCAGCCCACCUCUAUCCUGAGGGGCAGUAGGGGGAGAGGGGGCCCGUUGAGGCCCUUUGGCCAGACAGCCUUGGCUGGGUCCUGCCCAAACUCGCCACGGCUAGACAGAGCACACCCUCAUGGCAGCCCCUCUUCUCCAACGGGGAUGCUCUCAUCAGGUCGCAGGGGCAGGCAACUGCCUCAGCUCCCUGCAAAAAGCAGCAGUAUAGAGCAAGCCCUCGCAGUAGAGGAGCGAGCCCGACAGCUGCAGAUGAACGUACAUUCCUACCGGCCUUCAGCCUCCCACGACCCUGAGACGGACCUCAAGACCAAACGGGAGAUGUACGCAGAACAGAGGCGUAGCAGCGACAACAUGUCGGCCAGAUCGUCAGACAGCGAUAUGAGCGAUGCGUCGGCCCUCUCCCGAGCCAGCAGUGCCUCCCGUCUCAGUAGCACCAGCUACAUGUCUAUCCAAUCAGAACGACCCGGAGGACGACUCAGAUCCAAAUCACUAGAGGAGGAGAGGAGGGACAGGAGGAUCUCGUGGGGGGUGAAUGGAGAGGAGGAGAGGAGGAGGGCUGCAGGAAAGAGACGAUUCUCUGAUGAGUUGAAGCGCAGGAGACACACUGUAGCUGGAGACACGGGGGAGUCCAGUCGGCAGAUGCGAUCGUCGGUGGGCCGCAGCAUGCUGAAGAGCUCCAGCGUGAGCGGAGAGAUCUACACCCAGGAGCGCACUGACGGCAGCCAAUCAGACACAGCGCUGGGCACGGUGGGUGGGGGCAGUAAGAAGAGACGCUCCAGCCUCAGCGCGCGGGUGGUGGCCAUCGUUGGCAACCGUCGCAGUCGCAGCACUUCACAGAUCAGCGGCCCAGAAGGGAAGAGUAAGAAGGAGAAGGGUGCACCUAUCCAAAGGAGCACAGAGACCGGCAUGGCAGUAGAGCUGACCAGGAACAUGAGCCGCCAGCCCAGCAGAGAGUCCAACAAUGGCAGCAUGAACAGCUGCAACUCUGAGGGGAAUUUGAUCUUCUCGGGAGUCAAUGUGGGUGCCAGCAGUCAGUUCAGUGAUUUCCUGGAUGGCUUGGGACCGGCUCAGCUAGUGGGAAGACAAACACUGGCUACUCCUGCAAUAGGUGACAUCCAGAUUGGUAUGAUGGAGAAAAAGGGUCAGCUGGAGGUUGAAGUUAUCAGGGCUCGAGGACUCGUACAAAAGCCAGGAUCCAAAUCCCUCCCUGCUCCAUAUGUCAAGGUCUAUCUACUAAAUAAUGGAGCGUACGUAGCCAAAAAGAAAACCAAGAUUGCACGGAAAACACUUGACCCACUGUACCAGCAAGCACUGCUAUUCGAGGAAAGCCCACAGGGUAAAGUCUUACAGGUGAUUGUAUGGGGCGACUACGGCCGCAUGGACCAUAAAAGCUUCAUGGGAGUUGCACAAAUCCUAUUGGAGGAGCUGGACUUAUCAAGCACAGUCAUUGGCUGGUACAAGUUGUUCCCCCCGUCAUCGUUGGUCGAUCCAACACUUGCCUCCCUAACGCGACGGGCUUCCCAGUCGUCACUGGACAGCUCCUCUGGACCUCCUGGAGUCCGAUCCUAGUGGACCAACAGCUCUACACCUCUCGACAAGUAAAAAACUCAUGAAACCUACUGUAGAGAGAAACUAACAAAAACAAAAAGAUGGCGGAAAUGUAGAGCAACAACAACAAUCAGAAGCAUCACAACCAGAAAGCUUUGUUGAGAUCUGACAAUCACUCCUGUCGUGGUUCAUUUUGUCUGUUGUAGGGAGCGCCACAUUUCAGUGUUUCAUAUCCAUUAAGAAAAUAUUUUUUCUCUGUGUAUGCUGAAGAAGCAGGGCUGUCAACAGACAACAAGAAGUAGCUCUCGAGACGGGAGACGACAGAGAAUCAAAUAAAGCAGGGUGAUUUUUAACUGAAUCAACAAUAGCAAAGAAAUGUACGUUAAGCAUCGGAAUGUAUGGACUCGAGACAGAGAUAAUCACCCUCCACACCUGCAGGUGGCGCAGUCUUCUCUGCAGUGGCCUCCUCCAGAACCCCUACAGACUGCCGACACUCCUGCCUUCAAGCAGGGCGCUUGCGCGUGGGUAUUCAGUCUGGAAGCACAGGGCCUUCUUCUGGUGCCUAGACCAUGGAGCCGCAUCACUGGUCCCUCUCUCUGUUGAAAACUCCUCUUUUCAGUAUUUUUACCGUGGCUGUUCUGAAGCCACACUGUUUUAGCGUGUUUGCUUUCUCGUCCAUUUCUUUUCCCUUUGUUACUACCGGCACAAAAUGUUUUUAUAGUACGUGAAAUGCUCAUGAUAAUGUUGUCAGUCUGGUGUGUGCAUGGAGAGAAAAAACAAAACACAAGAGAUAAAAAACGAUUAAAUGUCUGCAAGUGUUAUGCAGGGGGGGGGACUAGUGAUGAUGACACAGCUUAGAUUUUUACAGUUGACAGUGAGAUUUGCGUGCAGCGUUGUUUUCCUCGUUUCACCACUGGCAAAGGUCCAGGCCAGUCGUCUUUGUAUAGAUGUAUAUUAAGCCUCCCAGGAGGUUGACCAAUAAAUACAAUUUAUGUCACUUUGAAAUAUCACAAGGGUUCAACAUCACUGUACAAAAUACGAAAAAAGUAAA